UUAAAACAAAAUCAGCUGUUUAUGAUAUUUCAUUAAUCAUCAGUUAACAGGAAAAUAUACCACCAGUUUACGUGACUUUGAGAUUAUUGCGGAAAACAUUUUUAAAAGAAAAGAAUUCCAAUGAUAAACAUGGUUGGUUACGGCCAAUUUGGAAAAAUGCUUGACAAAGCAACCAGUCAGUUAUUGAUGGAACCUGAUUUAUCCACUACAAUGAGUAUUUGUGAUAUGAUUAGGCAGGGAGAUGUACCGCCCAAAGUUGCAUUCACUUCCUUGAAGAAAAAGUUAGCUACCACUAACCCUCACACUAUUCUCCAUUCUCUUAUGGUUUUAGAAAGCAUUAUCAAGAACUGCCCCACUGUACAUGAAGAAUUGGCUUCAAAAUCUUUUCUUGACACUUUACACGAUUUAGUCAAAACCACAUCUCAUAGCAAUAUCCGUAACAAGAUUUUGGAAUUAAUGCAGGCAUGGUCGCAUGUUUUUAAAAAUAAUCCCAAAUUUGAAGCUCUGCAAGAUAUAGUUAACCAAAUGAAAGCUGAAGGAUUCAAAUUUCCUGCUCUACGUGAAAGUGAAGCCAUGUUUUCUGCUACAAAUGCCCCAACAUGGGUAGAUGGUGAAGCUUGUCAUAGGUGUAGAGUGCAAUUCAGCCUAAUAACUCGUAAGCACCAUUGCAGAGCAUGUGGGCAAGUUUUUUGUGGAACUUGUACUAGAAAUUCUACUACUUUACCCAAGUUUGGUAUCGAAAAAGAGGUGAGGGUAUGUGAUUCCUGUUUUGCAGAAGCUUCAAAAGCCUCAUCUGCAAAAAGUUCCAGUAAAACUGAAGAACUUCCAUUUGAAUAUUUGAAGAGUAGCUUAUAUCAACAGAAACAGCAACCAACCAAAAAAACCGAUGAUGAACUUCAGGAAGAAGAAGAUCUACAGAUGGCCAUCGCUCUCAGUCAGUCUGAGGCAGAAAACAAGGAGAAAGAACGUGAGAGAGCUGCUAGAAUGAAGUCUUCUUCGUCACCAACCUACACUUUCAAAGCAACUUCAGAACCUCGCCCAGCUGAAACAGUACAACCCGAAGAAGAAGCUCUGAACCCGGAAUUGGCCAAAUACCUGAAUCGUUCCUAUUGGGAAUCUCGUACACCAGCGAACUCUUCAGAUAACCUCAGGCCAACCAGUCCCUCAGCUCCUUCAGUUACCACUAUUCCUCUACAGAAUCACGAGCAGAAAUACAAGGCCAAAGAGAACGGAUUGAUCAACAGUGAAUUGGAAGAUUUCAUAAAUACCUUGAGAUCGCAAGUAGAAAUAUUCAUCAACAGAAUGAAGAGUAACUCUAGUAGAGGACGAUCUAUCGCAAACGACACCAGCGUUCAGACUCUGUUCAUGAAUAUAACGACGAUGCACUCCACACUUCUCGAAUACAUCAAGGAACACGAUGACAACCGUCUUCAUUUCGAAAGACUCCAAGACAAACUUAACCAGGUCAAAGACGCGAGAGCUGCUCUGGAUGCUCUUCGUGAGGAACACAGGGAGAAACUAAGGAGAGAGGCUGAGGAAGCGGAAAGGUUGAGACAGAUUCAAAUGGCUCAGAAGUUGGAAAUUAUGCGGAAGAAGAAACAGGAGUAUCUGCAAUACCAGAGGCAGCUGGUUCUUCAAAGGGUCCAAGAACAAGAGAGGGAGAUGCAGAUGAGACAGGAACAGCAGAAACAGGUAUUCAUGGGUGGUCAGCAAUUUCCGAUGGGGUAUAUGGUGCCACAGUACCCUCCAAAUAGCGCGCCACCUAUUGGGACGUAUCAUCAGUAUGGACCUCCUCCACAUAUGGGACAAGGUAUGAUGUCAGGACCACCACAGAGUGCACCUCCUCAGAUGGGACAUAUGGGUGGACCGACACAAGGUGGUGUAGGUCACCCUCAAAUGCAGAUGCCACCAAAUUACCCCAUACCUGGACAAAGCAACCAACCGCCAAACCCUAAUGUUCAAGGACCUCCAAUCCACAAUCAAGAACCAGGACCACAACAGUUGCCUCCUCAAAUGCCACAACAGAUGGGAAUGGCAUACCCUCCUCAACAAAUUGUAAACACAGCACCCAUCAUGUCUAUUGGCCAACCUCCUAAUCAAAGUUCUAGCCAAGUCAUGAUGGUACCUAGACCUGGUAUGGCACCUCAACAAUUCCCUCAACAACCAGGGGCACCCCCAGCUAGUCCACAAGUACCACAACAAACUCCAGCUCAACCGCCGCAAAAGGAAGAAACUCAGACGGCUGAGUUGAUAAGUUUUGAUUAAUGCAAUAAAUCAUAAUAUAUAGGUUAUGUCAGUUUAUGAAUAAACAUAAACAAUGUGAAGUUCUUUCUAUAUAGCACAGAAAAUUUUAUUUUAUCUUAUUAAUAAACUAUCCUCCAUGCAAUAGUUUAUAUAUUCAUAUAUAUUUUUUCAUAAUGAUAUCUUUAUUGCUUGCAAUGUUUUGUUGAAGUUGAAUAAAUAAAUUGAACUCGAA